AUGCACUUCACAUCACUUGCCCUCGCCGCUCUGUUGAGCGUUGCUCAAGCUGUUGAUGUUCACGUCGUCGCUGUUGGCAUGAACCCUGCCAAAAACGAGACGGCAUUGAAGUUCUUCCCCGAGAAGAUUACAGCCAAACCAGGUAGCAUGGUUCAGUUUCAGUUCUGGGCAGGCAACCACACCGUGACUCAGUCCAACUUCGACAACCCUUGCGUGCCCAUCUCCAUCUCAAACUCCAGCGCGACCGGUAUCUUCUCCUCUUUCCAACCUGCCGCUGCUAGUGCCUCCAGGGGCCAGAUUCCUGUCUUCACCGUCAUGAUCAACGACACCAAGCCCAUGUGGUUGUUCUGCAGCCAGGGACCUCACUGCAAGAGGGGCAUGUCCAUGGUCAUCAACGAGAACACUGGUGCCAACUCGACUCGAUCUCUGGAGAACUACAAGCAGCUCUCACAGAACUCUCAAACUGGUCCUGGGGAGAUUCCUGUUGGUGGUGGCGGCAGCCCAGGCAACGGCACCGGUGGCAAUGGUGGUAAUGGCGGUAAUGGAGGCAGUGGUCCCAGCCCUACUCUUGGCGACGGAAGCUCUCCUACUACCGCCAUCGGAAGUCAACCCUCGACAUCUGCUCCUCUCACUGCUGGUGGUGUCAACCUAGCUGUGCCGAGUACCAUGUUGUUGGUCUUGGGUGCUGGUUUCAUGUUGCUGUAA